AUGGCUCACAGAUCAGGAAUCGCUACACCCUCAUCCCAAAUGGCCGGUCCUUCGGAUCUGCGAAGGCGCGCCUUUAUGCCUGGGAUUGCACCCGCGUCCGCAGGACCACCUUCGCCCACCUUGUCCGCCACCACGCACGCAUCCACCGCCUUUGCUGGGCAAGACUCUUCUCUUCGACCUCGCUUGGUGGUGACGCGGGCGGAUAUGAGGGCAUCCUUGUCCGCCUACGACGAGCUGCUUCAAGCCAGCAAAGCGUACACCUCGGCCAUGCUGGCCAUGAGCCACGCAUCGGCUGGCAUGGCAGCUGCCAUGGAGACGUGCAGCCGCGUAAAAGGAGCUCACGAGGCUGGCAGCGGCUUGCAAGCAGCUGCAGGUCUGCAUCACUUGCUGGCCAACUCUCAGAGCUUGCUGGCAGAUGUGCUGUGGAGAGAUUUCAGCAUCCCAUUGUUGGAGCACUACGAUGCCUAUCGCGCUGGCACUGCGGACAGGCAAGUGGCGCACGAGGCAGAGAUUCGCGAAAAGAGCAAAAUCUUGGGCGAAACGGAGGCGAGAAAUAUGCGCACGGGAAGGCGCAAGGAGCGCGACCUGAACAGCUUCAGGAGGGCGUUGGCAGAAUUGCAAUCGCAAGUGGAUGCGCUGGACGAGGUAAAGAGCAGCUACUACCACGAAGUCCUCGAAGGCGAAGAAGAGGUUUGGGGCUUCAUCCACCAAAAGGUGAGCAGCAAAGUGCGGAGGAGGGUGCGGCGGGUGCGUCGGGUGCGUCGGGUGCGGCGGGUGCGUCGCCCAAGUGUCACGUGGCUAAUACUCGCGUUCAUUGUGGGAUUGUCAGAUCGCACACUUGCUGAGAUCGCAAUUGGAGAUUCAUGAGCGCAUCUCUUCCAAAGGCCUGUCUGACCCUGUACUCGAGAAUAUGCUCUCCACGGUUCCGGAUCCCUUUUCAGCCUACGGGCCAGCCAAGACGGAGGAUCAGAUCUUUAGCGUCUUGGCACCCGGCAGUCUAGGCAUGGUGCAGGGCACAGAGAGCGAGAGCGAGAAUGAGGUCGGGGCAGCAGUUGCUGCUGCCGGUCUCAGAUCGCCGAACCUGUUGAGCCCCAGCACUCCAGCUAAAGGCUUGCCCAGGGGUGUCAGCGCAGCCAGGUCCAAGAAGGAGGAGACGUCCUCUGCCAGUCCAGAAGGCGUGAGCGCGGGUAGAGCGCAGCCAGUCGGGCUCGGUCUCGUGGCCGAUCAGCUGGCAAACAGGGGCGACGCUAUUGGCCCGCAGGUCGCAGAUGCCGAAGAUGGCGACCUCUUCGACAAGGACGAGACGGAACUGGACGACAAUGCAGACGUCGACAUUUUCGGUGGAGCCGUGUCUCCCCGCGCUUAUGCUCAAGCGCAACACGCACACUCUACCAGCAUCGCCACGCGCCUCAAGCACUCUCUCAGCAUCAUCCAGGAGACUUCUGCCGGCGGUCCAAAAGGAGCGACGCCAGUAGGGUCCGAAGCUGGAGGCGAAGGUACCAAACAGAGCGAGUCGGAUGACAAUAGCGCCGCUACGGCUGACAACAGCUUUCAAAAGUGA